CAUAUGAUCUAAUGUGGGUGUCAGCCGGAUUGUGUUCAUUGAGGGAAACCUUAUUUUUUAACUGUGCUAUGGAGUAGAAGCAGGAGGUUUUCAACCUAGUGACAGUCACAGAGCAGCACCUACCCCCUCCUCCUUUCCACACCUGCAAACUCUUUUACUUGAGCUGAAUAUUUAGUGUAAUUACAUCUCAGCUUUGAGGGCUCCUGUGGCAAAUUCCCGGAUUAAAAGACUGAUUGCUUGGAACAAAUGGAGUAAAUCGUCUUGUCAAUAAAGUGAUGGUCAAUUGAGUCAUUUGUGUGCAAAAUAUUGUGCAAGGCCCGGGUACAGAACAAGGAAUAAUAAGACACGCCCUGAAGGAGCACAUCGUCUAGUGGAGGGACAGACCAAGCACGCAAAACAAAUUGCAAUAUAAUGUGAUAAGUUCUUUAAAAGAGGUAAGAGCAACGUGCUUUGGGAGCAGAGAAGAGGGAGAAAGCAGUAUCCUGCCUGGAUGAGCCAGGGGACACAGAAGACAAGCCCACUAUCUCAUUUAAUCUUUACAACACUCUUGCAAGGUUCCCUGGUUGUGAAAAUACAUGAGAUAAGUCAUGAAGGUCACUAUCAUCCUCCUUCUGCUUGCACAAGUUUCCUGGGCCGGACCGUUUCAACAGAGAGGCUUAUUUGACUUUAUGCUAGAAGAUGAGGCUUCUGGGAUAGGCCCAGAACUUCCUGAUGACCACGACUAUGAGCCCCCUCUAGGCCCAGUGUGCCCCUUCCGCUGUCAAUGCCAUCUUCGAGUGGUCCAGUGUUCUGACUUGGGUCUGGACAAAGUGCCAAAGGAUCUUCCCCCUGACACAACUCUGCUAGACCUGCAAAACAACAAAAUAACUGAAAUCAAAGAUGGAGACUUUAAGAACCUGAAGAACCUUCACGCAUUGAUUCUUGUCAACAAUAAAAUUAGCAAAAUUAGCCCUGGAGCAUUUACACCUUUGGUGAAGUUGGAACGACUUUAUCUGUCCAAGAAUCAGCUGAAGGAAUUGCCAGAAAAAAUGCCCAAAACUCUUCAGGAGCUGCGUGCCCAUGAGAAUGAGAUCACCAAAGUGCGAAAAACUACUUUCAAUGGACUGAACCAGAUGAUUGUCAUAGAACUGGGCACCAAUCCGCUGAAGAGCUCAGGAGUUGAAAAUGGGGCUUUCCAGGGAAUGAAGAAGCUCUCCUACAUCCGCAUUGCUGAUACCAAUAUCACCAGCAUUCCUCAAGGUCUUCCUCCUUCCCUUACUGAAUUACAUCUUGAUGGCAACAAAAUCAGCAGAGUUGAUGCAGCUAGCCUGAAAGGACUGAAUAAUUUGGCUAAGUUGGGAUUGAGUUUCAACAGCAUCUCUGUUGUCGACAAUGGCUCUCUGGCCAACACGCCUCAUCUGAGGGAGCUUCACUUGGACAACAACAAGCUUACCAGAGUACCUGGUGGGCUGGCAGAGCAUAAGUACAUCCAGGUUGUCUACCUUCAUAACAACAAUAUCUCUGUAGUUGGAUCAAGUGACUUCUGCCCACCUGGACACAAUACCAAAAAGGCUUCUUAUUCGGGUGUGAGUCUUUUCAGCAACCCGGUGCAGUACUGGGAGAUACAGCCAUCCACCUUCAGAUGUGUCUACGUGCGCUCUGCCAUUCAACUCGGAAACUAUAAAAAAAAAUAAAAAGAGUAUGAGUCUUCUGUAAUUCAUUGAGCAGUUAGCUCCUUUGAGAUAAAGUCAAAUGCCAAACACUAGCUCUGUAUUAAUCCCCAUUAUUACUGGUAAGCCUCAUUUGAAUGUGUGAAUUCAAUACAGGCUAUGUAAAAUUUUUGGUAAUGUCAUUAUUUUGAAAAAAUAAAUUUAAAAAUACAUUCAAAAUUACUAUUGUAUACAAGCUUAAUUGUUAAUAUUCCCUAAACACAAUUUUAUGAAGAGAGAAGACAUUGCUUUGUUGACAAUAACAGUAUAUCUUUUCAAGUUCUCAGCUAUUUCUUCUACCUCUCUCUGUCUUACGUUUGAGUAUGGUAACUUACGUCAUCUAUGUUCAAUGUAAGCUUAUAAAGCACAAAGCAUACAUUUCCUGAUUGGUCUAGAGAACUGAUGUUUCAAUUUACUCCUCUGCUAAAUAAAUAUUAAAACUAUGAUGUGACUUCAUGUAAUCAGACUGAACAUUUCUACAAUUACUAGAUGUAUUAGACAUAAGUAUUUUCUUUAGUUAAACCACCAAUGUUAGAAAUGUUUUCUGUAGAAUUUAGAAACAGCUACCAAUGUAGACAAUUUAAUAAGCCUAGGGAUGAUUUACUUCGAGUAGACAUUUAUCAAAUUGUACAUUUGUGCUAUCAACAAUUAAUAAGCAAAUAUGUG